UUGCGGCAUGUUUCUUGUUUGAAAACAUAAUAUUUUUCUAGUUCUCUGUCGGUAGAACUGUAGUAUCUGAUUCCAUUUUGUUCAUCUUCUCAUUGAUGACUUUCUUAGCGAAACUACCACAACUUAUAAUUUUCUUUCUAAUUAUCAGAUGCUUGGGGAUGUCCGUCAAACUGCAAAUAGUGUUCAACUCUCAACUGUUCAAGAUUACAUGUCAAAGUUUUUCAGGAGAUAUGGAUCAUUGGUGGCUAGAAAUCCAAUCCUAUUAUUGUUUUUGUCAUUGGCUAUUGUUCUUAUGCUUUGCAUUGGUCUUAUUCGUUUCGAAGUAGAGAUGAAGCCUGAGAAGCUAUGGGUAGGCCCAGGAAGUAGAGCUGCCAAAGAGAGAGAAUUUUUUGACAGCCACCUAGCCCCUUUUUACAGAAUUGAGCAGCUAAUUAUAGCAACAAUUCCAGCCUCUGUGAAUGGAAAAGCACCGAGCAUUGUGACAGAAAGCAAUAUCAAAUUACUAUUUGAUAUCCAAAAAAGGUGGAUGCGAUCAGAGCUAAUUAUCUUGGUACAAUGGUAUCUUUUGCUGACAUUUGCCUGAAACCACUUGGCAUGGAUUGUGCUACGCAGAGUGUUCUUCUGGUAUACUGAUUUCAUAAAUCUUAACAAUAUUUUGCAGAUUUCUAAAUAAGCUCUCUGUCCAUCUAAUCUUGAUCAUUUCAUGUAAAGAAGGUCAAAGUUUUCAAGGUCUAUUAUUUUGUUAAUGAAUAUCAAUUUCCCUUUUUAUGUUUUACCGAAAAUCCUAUAACCCAUUUCAUAGGACACAUAUCACUAAAUGCACUAAUGAUGAUUUUUCCAACUGUC